AUGGAACUAAAUGAGUAUAUUCGCCCAUAUGUUUUGUAUCUUGAUAAUGAGAUGUGGGUUGGUGAGAAAACAUUGGAAGGCUUUUCAAAAUCGGUGAAACCAUUGAUCCAAAUUGGUGCAAAACGCCAGCCCUGUAAUCUCAUUAGGCUGAUUCAACUAGAAUCUACUAUUGGUUUUCAUGGAGUUGCAAAUUUUGACCACACUGGUCACCAUCAUAUUCCAUCUAUACUAUCAAGUGUACAAUAUACUGAUGUUCCAUCUUCAGAUUGUUGGAGUUUACCUGUCGUAACCCUUACAAUGAUUGCGCUUUCUCUUCCUGAACUUGAAAACCAGGCAGUUGAUUGCUUGUUUGAAAGUGUUAGGGAAGGUCUAAGAUAUGUCCAAUUGGUGGAAGAAAGCCUCAAUUGUACGUAUGAUCGUGUAAGCUUUCAAAAGGCAGCUCGAACUUUGUGGGAUGAAAUUAAAUUUGAGGAAAGAUGGCUAGGAAAUAAGCUAAGAGAUUUUCAAGUGCAUAUAGCUAGACAGAUUGUUGAAUGGUUCAGGGAUAAAGCUACACAUUACUUGUCGGGGGACGGAAAUACAGAGAUUGAUUCGAUAGGGGAGUCUAUUUGUGCCGACUCAAUGCAUCGCAUAACUGAAACAAUUUUGCGUACCUUCUACACCAACAAUGAUGCCCCGAAGAGCCAGGAGGAACUAUUCGAGACCUUAUCAUCAAUGAUCGCUGACAUAAUUGGAGCUUGUCUCACCAACUUACCACAAAUCAUAACAAUGAAAUGCCACACUUAUUCGAGAGAGGAAAGGCAGGCCAGGGUCAAAGAUGCAGCCAAGCUUCUAGGUGAGACUACACAAAUAAUCGAAAUGCUUCAAGAUCACGAUAUUCCAAACAUAUAUCCAAGUGACAUGCCAUUUCUCGGUAAAUGGCGUGCUUAUUUUAGAGAAUCCCUUAUUCCUUAA